CCUGGUCUGCCAGGCUGGUCUUGCCCCUCGGCUUCUUCUUGUUUCGGUUUUGCUCAGAGAGAGAUGGGGAGCCCUAUUUCGAGUCUCCGCGGAGGCCGAUGGCCAUGAAGGGCAGGGAGCAGGUCAGCACCUGCCAAUUGCACAGGAAAGGCUUGGCGCGGGAGGGGGCUGUCCGCCUGGAUGUGACUUCUGAAACUUGCUGGGAUCUUCCCAACCAACUUCCAGUCUUCACAUUCUGUUUUCAUGGCUCUUCUGGAAUCCACUGUGCUCUCCUUUAUACACUUCUAGUUAUUGCCUUUAUGACAAGUACCCGAUGCUGACCAUGCAUGAUCCUGAUUUGUCCUUCACAACUUUGUCUGUAACCUGGAGGAUUGAGUACCAAAAUCAAAAUCCAUUUAUACCUACUGCCUUCCAGAUGUUUGGGUUCACAACUUUUGGAAAUCCUUAUCAUUGGCCUUACUGGCUGGGGCUGCUGGGAUCUGAUCUUCAUUAGACAUGUGGAUUUUUGUAGAAGUUCAUUGCUAUGGACAGUGCUAUAACCUUGUGGCAGUUCCUUUUGCAACUUCUUCAGGAAUCUCGGAAUAAGGACAUUAUCUGCUGGACCUCAAAUGAUGGAGAAUUCAAACUUUUGCAAGCAGAAGAGGUGGCCCGCCUUUGGGGAAUCCGUAAAAACAAGCCCAAUAUGAACUAUGACAAACUUAGUCGUGCACUCAGAUAUUAUUAUGUAAAGAACAUCAUCAAAAAAGUUAAUGGUCAAAAGUUUGUUUACAAGUUUGUAUCUUACCCAGAGAUUUUGAAUAUGGAUCCGCUGAUUGUUGGCAAGAUUGAGGGUGAAGCUGAGGCACAAGCUGGCUUUGUUGAUACUAGCAACUCUACAAAGGAAAUUGAAACUUAUGGGAAAGAGAAACAUCAGGCCAGUGUGAAAUCUUCCAGUCGCAAUGACUACAUCCACUCGGGCCUAUAUUCUUCAUUUACUUUGAAUUCUCUUAAUUCCUCCUCUUGUACAAAACUGUUUAAGCCAAUUAAGAUGGAGAAUUCAGCUGAGAAGCUGACAGAAAAGAGAACUACUCAGGAUUCAACACCUUCAGUCAUAAAAUUUGUAACCAUGUCCUCCAAAAAGCCUUCUGUAUCUCCCCUUGCCUCAGCCACUCAACUGACCUCUAGUAUCUCAGCUGCCUCUAUCGUACCUUCAGGUUCAAAUGAAAGUUUCCAGGCAUUGGAAUCUCCAGCAACAUCUAAAGGUGCAGCCACUGAAAGUUCAGCCUCUUUGCCAGUCUUGACCUCUAAUUUUAAUUCUACAUCUCCUGCAACCUCCACAUCUCCUAGUCUCCACGUUCUACCCAAAUCUCCUUUACCACCUUUAAGUUCUAAUUCUGAUCUGGUUAUAGAUACAGAAACUGAGUCUGUAGUUUGCCAGCAGUUAGAGCACUUUCAGAAUCAAGCCUUGGAGGUUAAAGAGAUGAGUUCCUCCAUAUUUGAAAAGAAUUUUCGUCAUAGCAGAACUAGAAAGCCCAAAGGACUGGAGAUUACCCCCACUCUGGUUAUUACUGGCAGUGACCCCAGUCCACUAGGAAUACUGAGUCCUUCUCUACCAACUGCUUCUCUUACACCAGCACUUUUUUCACAGACACCUAUUUUACUGACACCAAGCCCCUUGCUCUCCAGUAUCCAUUUUUGGAGUACUCUCAGUCCAGUUGCUCCUCUCAGUCCAGCAAGAUUACAAGGUGCUAAUACCCUCUUCCAGUUUCCAUCAGUGCUGAAUACUCAUGGACCAUUUACUCUGUCGGGAAUGGAUGGGCCUUCCACUCCUGGCCCUUUCUCGCCAGAUUUACAGAAGACUUAACAUGUGGCCUUUUGAAAAUGGAUAGCUUGGACUAAAAAGAGGAAGAGAUUUUAUUAAAAAUGCUGCAAUCCAGGUUUUAAGAGACAGUUUUUAAUUCCAUAGAGACGAUUUAAAGUGACUUGGUUUUUGUUAUUCUCAGUUCAGAUGCCUUUGCAAAAUUCUCUUUAAAACAUAUGAAAAUUCAUAAGGAAGUGCCUUGAUUGUGGAAAUUCUUCUCUAGAGUUUCUCUCUUCCCCGUUCCUUACUGCUUCUUUUGAAUGAAGAAGGCUUCUUUUAACAAAGAACACACUUCUGUAUUAUAAUGAGGUAUUGGACAGAACAGCCAACUGAUAUCAGAUGGUUUUUGACUGAUAUCCAUCCAUUCCUUUGCUUUUUGCUUUUUUAUGUCAAAAAAUUAUUUCAUGGAAGCUGGCAUUCCAAGAAAUACUUGGAAAGUGAAUAAAAAGAGUUAUUUUUUACAGUGAAUUCCAAUGAUCUUAAAAAGUUUUAGCAUUGCAACGUACAAUAGUGUAGAAGAGAGUUGAGAAAAUUUUUAAUAAUGGGUUGCUAUGGGUAAGAAAGCUUUUUUCUUUGGCACAAAAAAUGUCAUUUUAUCCCUCACAUAAUAGUAUGGUAUUUUUGUAUGCUUGAAUGGCACAGUUAUGCAUAGAUCAUGGAUUGUAUUGCUUUGAUCUUUCCAAAAUAUUUAAAGGUGUUAAUAUUUGAUAAGCCAAGUCAAGAAAAAUAAAAGCAAAUCCCUUGUUAUUUAAUAAACAAUUUUGCAGGUUGAGCUAAUUCAAGAAACUUGCAGCGGAUAUGAAGUAGCACUGAAUUAAUAAGCAUUUAUUUGACAUCCAGUGGGUUAUUGUCUUGCUUCUUGUUAAUGUUGUACGUAAGUGUGACAUUUGGGAAGUGAAUAUUUAUUGUUUAUUCUUUUUCCCUCUCAAAGAGGGAAAGAGACAUACCUUCUCUUGGCCACCUGCAUAUUUAUGAUAGGUAUCCUUUUAAAUAUAAGUGGAUUGGAGUUUUGAAUGUUCAAGCCUUUAAAAUUAAAAAUGUGCCAUUAUUAGAAAGUUAAAUGUUUUGAGACCGGAGGAAGAAAGCACAAAGUGGCACAUGCUGUUUGUAAACUGAAAGGAGUAAAAUGUGUUUUUAGCUUGUACUUAAUCUUGUUGGAAGAUAUUCAUUGGAUAACAACUUCAGCAUGAUGGUAGUUGAAACUUCUUUGCAAACAUAUGGUAACAUAAUAAUGACUUGAUAAAGUAGGAGACUUGUUUAGGGACUAGAAAUUGAAAGUAAAAAGAAUAGAUCUAACACAAGCAAUAGUAGUUGAAUUGCAAGAAGAUUCAUUCUUUCUGCAUAAUAUUUAUAUUCAGGCCCUGUUAUAUUUCAGAAAACACUUUAAAUCUUCUUACCUCAAUAGCCUAAUUGUGUCUGAAAGAAAGUUGAAGUAGAUAUCAGCAAAGUGUUAUAAUCGUUUUUUCUGUGUUGAGGUGGGCUUGGUUUGAAAAGAACGAACAACCUGUGAGUUUUUAUUC